UAUGGUUUGGUGUACAGUUCAGGCAAGGAAUUUACAAAGGCGGAGUUUUUAGAUUCACUAUUACACUGCCUCCUAACUUUCCACUUGGAGAUUGUCCUAAAGGAAGUUGUGAAACUCAAAUAUUUCAUCCAUUAAUAAAUCCAGAAAAUGGAGAAUUGUGCACAUCAUGGGACUUCUCUGAAUGGAGAAGAAAUAACAGAAUUUGGCAAUUAUUACAGUAUAUCACUAAGAUAUUCACUAAACUAGACGCGAAAAUGACUUCAGUAAACGAGGAGGCGUCUAGUUUACAUAAAAAUAAUUUUGAAGCUUUUCGAGAUCAUGUGAAAGAGUGCGCAAAGGAAAGCGUAAAUCAAAUAUUUAACUCACCUAUCAUGUAUGAUCCACAUUAUAUUACAUUUAAUCCAUAUGUGAAAGAAGUACACGACCCCAUUAAACAAGAGAUUUACGAACCAAAAGACGAAGAAGAAAAUAAACCACUGGGUUUGUCNNNGGUACAACCUGGUUCGCUUCAGCCAUUUUCAAAACCAGAAGCAAGAUAAUGGAAAAAUUUUA